GGCCCCAGUCAACCUUUCUUCUACCUUCCGAGCCGGGACGUCGGUUCUCGUUCUAACUUUCACUUUGCUUCAGGCUUCUGAGUUCUGAGCUCGCUCACAUGACUUACUUGGACGAAGAAACCGCCGGGAAAAUCCUCCGGCAGGUGGAAUUCUACUUCAGCGACAGCAAUCUGCCGCGGGACGAUUUCCUCCGGAAAACUGUUUCCCGGAGUAAAGAUGGCAUGGUUAGCUUGGCUCUCAUUUGCUCCUUCUCUAGACUCCGUGGCUACCUUGGAUUGGGGAAAACGAUGACAAAAGAUGAAAUCCCUGAUAAGGUUUUGAACUCCGUUGCUGAAAUUCUGCGUGGGUCGGAGUUUCUGAAAGUUUCUGAUGAUGGGAGGAAGGUGGGUAGGCUAGCUAAGCUGGUGAGGCCAAACCAAGUGAUGAAGCAAGUGGACAUCAGGACAAUUGCAGCAUCGCCUUUUGAAUACGAUGUUAAGAUGGAAGAUGUGGAAUCUUUCUUUUCUCAGUUUGGUAAGGUCAAUAGUGUAAGGCUACCUCGUCAUCCGAUGGACAUGAAGGUGUUCUCUGGCACUGCUUUGGUAGAGUUCUCCAUGGAUGGAAUUACUGAAGAAGUCCUGAAGAAAAGUUUAGUUUACGCUGGAGCUUGUUUAGAUCUGAAACCGAAAAAAGAAUAUGACCAUGAGAGAGUAAAAUUGGAGGAAAUAGCGAAACACAGUUCUUCUAUUGCCUCAACUCACAAGGACUCCCCUGGCACAAAAUCCGAAUAUCCUAAGGGGCUAAUUGUUUCAUUCUCAUUGAAGAGGGUGCCACUUGCAAAACCUAUGCAUGGAGCAGAUGACGAGCCUGUAACUGAUGCUGCAGAUGUUCGUAAAAAGAAGAAGAAAAAGAGUUCAAAAUUCAGAGACAGUGGUGUUUUGGAAACUCAGGAUAAUCCUUCUUUAAUUGCUGAAGCACAUUCAGAAGACACAAAGGAAAUAAGUGAAGAUAACAAACAGUCUGACUUUAAAGAUAUAGCAGUUACCGAAAAGAUUGCUGUGGAAAUCCCCAUUAAGGAGAGGGAUGAUUUCUUCCAAGGAGAGAAUGCUGUCCAUUGUGGAGACCUAAAGCAAGUCUUUCAAAGAUUUGGUGCUGUUAAGCAAGUAAAUUAUGUUCAGGGUGGUGAUUCUGGAUUUAUUCACUUUGAAGAACCAGAGGCCACCAUAAAAGCUUGUGCAGCUGCAGAAUUUAUUGGAGGCCUCCAUGUCAAGCAUUUCAUCGCUUCCUUAAGAGUUCUCCCUGGCAAGGGUGAAAUGGAAGAGUCAAAUAUGCUUGAACAUGAGAAGGAAGGUCACAGGAAAAGUUCGACGAGGAAACGAAGGUUUGACGAAGGUAAAGAAUGCUGAGAGAUGGAAGUUCCCACCGUGGUAAGAGGAAUAUUGUAAGUAGUUUAUGACAGGGUCAGAAUGGGUAGUACCAGUAGGUUUGUUUGACAUUGUAGUUGCUGUUCGCACAGCCAAUAUCUGUAUGGGCGUUUGCAAAAGUAAGGUAUUUUGAAAUGAGGGAGUUCAAAGCAUGAUUGCUGGCUUUCUUUCGCCACAGCUUCGUGUGCUUGAACUCUUUCUACCGGAUUUUUGUUUACCCUGCCUUGAUGAGCAUUACUCUCUUCUGUUAUUGGGGUGUUAUGGAGUCAAAAUAGGAGAUAAUGUGUGGCUUAACAAGCUGCUUAAAGUGUCCAUGAACCAAUCUGGCGGUCCGCCGCCUCCAGGAUGAUGGUGGUGCUUAUUGUUAAUUUUCUUUUUACAUCCUUAAUACUCCCAGAAUUGAUCUCCUCACAGCUGACCUCAAACUUUCUUGAAACAAUCUCUACUCUGAUUGCGGCUUGUAUUGUAUUUGUAGGCCCUCAUGCUUAGUUGAUGCAUGUGUAUGGCAAGCAUUGCUCGGUAUCUGAGAGUCGUGGUACCAUCGAGAAUUUUGUCUCGAGUUCUAUCAUUGUAGUGAGCAGUUGGAUUCAAAGUGAAUCUGGUUCUUGUAUUGAUCAGUCUCACUCUCUCAUCUACGGAUCUACCUUUCUUCAAAUAACCUUAUUUGACGAGCUAUGUUCGACCCAUAAACAACAUUAUUAUAA